AUGCUCAACAUUAACCUCUUCAAGUUCUGCUCCUUUCUCAGAGUCCUUGGCUACCUCAUGAUCCUCUUGUUCGCCGCCAUCGUUUCUCUCACCUACUACGCCGUCGUUUUCGUCACAUGGGGCCCGCUCUUGUUUCCCUCUUUCUCCUUCUUAGCCUUCUUCGUUCUCCUCAUCUUUCACACUCUCCUUGUGUUAUUAACUUGGUCCUACUCUAUGGCGGUUCUUAAGGAUCCAGGUUCGGUUCCUCAAAAUUGGAGACCGCAUCAACAGUUUUUACAGGUGGAGGUAGAUGAUCACCGCAAUUUACAUGUUGCAGUUCCACCACCUUCCGGCGAAUUGGAUGAGGCGGCGGAAACAACAGCAAUAUCCUCUGCCGGUUACUGUACUCGGUGCCAAAGCGCCAGGCCGCCACGGUGUCAUCACUGCUCCAUUUGUCAAAGGUGUGUUCUUAAGAUGGAUCAUCAUUGUAUUUGGGUGGUUAAUUGUGUCGGGGCACGGAAUUACAAGUAUUUUCUUCUCUUCUUGCUGUAUACAUUCCUCGAAACAACACUGGUUUGCUUAGCUCUGAUACCUAAUUUUAUUAGAUUCUUUGGGGGAACCAACUCAACCACGACUCAUAAAUUGUCUCCCGGGGCCUUUUCUGCAAUUUUCUUGACUUCUAUUCUCAAUUUAGCCUUUGCGCUGAGUCUUCUCUGUUUCGUAGUUAUGCAUUUAUCUCUUCUGUUAAGCAACACAACUUCAGUAGAGGUUCAUGAAAAGAAAAAAGGAAUUAGGUGGAGGUACGACUUGGGAAGGAAGACAAAUUUUGAGCAGGUUUUUGGCACAAAGAAGGCCCUAUGGUUGCUUCCAUUGUUUUCAAAAGAGGAUUUAGACAAUAUACCCGCACUAAUGGGCAUCGAGUUUCCAACACGUUCAGAUGUUGAUGUUUGA